ACAUAUUUCACCGAGAAGUCGGAGGAACGGGUAAAACAAAAUGUGUGCUGUAAAAACGUAAGAUCUAUAUGGUGUCAAUUACCGAGAAUACAAAAUAUACUUAUACUCUGUUCUUUGUUUACCUAGUCAGCUGUUCGAGGUAAACAUUGCCACGUGCAUUAGCAUAUUGGUUGAAACAGCCAAUCAAGACGAACCUUCAAACGAGCUUGACUAAUCAGAGGAAUCAUUGCCAUUCUCUGCUGAGUAAAAUUCAUAUUUCCGCAUAAACAUAAACAUUUGCGCAUAUACCAAAACACAAAGGAAGAAGACUUGAAGCAGACAUAUUUAUAUCUGCACAUUUUCGAGGAUGCCUUUUUUAAGUCGGGAUUGGCGAUCGCCAGGUGACCAGUGGGUGAGGACGAGCGAGGGAUGGGAACGUCUCAAACUCUGGCGUAUCAAAAUAUUUGAGCGAAUGAAUGAAAAUAUUUUAGCAAGGUUGCUGAGACUGGCAGUCAGUGAGUACGAUGACACCUGGCACAAACACCAGCCACACAUUCACUACAUCAAGGGCAUUUCUAAGGAGAGGAAAGUGAUGACUAGUUUGAGUGAGGCAUUUGUCCACCUGGAUAUGACAGGGGCUGUAAGAGACAUCAGACGAUUCAAUUAUGUCAAAAAGCUGAUGUUUUUACUACUGACACGAAACUUUCGAUAUCUGAGUGGGACUUCACAGAAAAACAUCAUUAACAUUCUAGAGGAAAUGACAAAUCAAGUCCUUAAGACGGAUACCAAUGUACCAGCCAUGAAGGCUCUGCUGAACUGUGCAGUUAAUACACUGACAGAUGGACAGUACUCUCACAUUGGCAGUGAGUGUCUGUGGAACAAACACAGGGCAACAGUGUCCAAAACAGUCGCCAAGCUGGAAAAGUACCAAUUAAAACAGAGACAUUGUGAUGGAAAGCCCACAUUGGAUGAUCUUCCGGAAGAUUGCUUACGCUGCAUCUUCAGGAAGCUGUCUAAUCACAGUGACAUCAUCCACACUGGUCAGACAAACCAAACCAAUCACACAGUCUCCUCGCACAUGUUGCUAUGGAAACAGCUCUGCUUCUUCCACUUCACUGACCAGCAGCUUCUUGUCUUCUUGCCUCAAGAACUCGAUAUCAACGAAGAUCGAGUGAACUGGAGAUACAUCUACAGGCGCUGCUACAAGCGGUUUGGAAUGAAGGACAUUUUUGCAGACCACCUGGCAAUUUGUUGUCAUUGCGACACACUCUUUUGGCAGUCCAUUGGGCAUCCAUGCUUCAGUGAUUCUGAGCUUAAGUCAAGGCCACUCUCCCCAGAGGCCUUCCUAGAUCUGUUUGUGUUGUAAAAGGCAUUUCCAUGACGACUGUCAUUUGGAGAAACAGUGCCCAGAACGGGAUAUAAUGAUCUGAUGUUUGUUGUAUCUCCACCAAUUAAAUAGAAGAUCUGAGACCACAAUUACAGUGAAAUUAAGAGUCGCAAAACAAUAUCGCAAUUCAAUUUUCGUUGACUUGAGCAAUGUUGGAUGCAUGAAACAAUAUUGACUGUGUCAAUGAUUACCGUUAACAUUGUCUCUAGCAAUGAAGUAACUUUGCAAUAUUCAUACACUGCAUUCUAAAUCCAUCCAUAUUGAAGAUUUGGAGAAUGAAAAUCAUUUUUACUUUCAAGUUUAUGUAACUGUAUAUGGAACAUGUUGGUGGAUGUUCCUAAGAACUCUCUGGUUAAUUUAGUACAGUAACAUGCUGUGUUGAUAUUGCUAUUUGAUGGUGUAUUUACACCACUGAAUGAGGAGGAGGAAACACUUGACAAGUAUUCUAAUUUUUUUCUGUAAUUAAUAUAAUUGAAAAGGAAGCAAGUGUUUCAUGUAUAAAAUUGGAUGUAUAUAAAUUUUGACAUUUUCAGUAUUUUUUAUGUUGUCGUUGCAAAUUCCAAUGCAAUUAUGUUUACUUGUUGUUGUGCCAAGGGCUUUCUCAGUGCUUUCAAAUAAUCAUAUUUCUUUAUUUAUAUAAGUAUAGUUUAUUUUUGUUGAAAAUGCGUAUAAAAUUAGUGCAAUUUUGUAAAUACACAUUAUACAUAUCUAGUAUCACUUUAUCUUAUCAUGAAUGGUCCAGGAUAAGAUUUAGUGAUUCCUUUCUUGUUGUAUGGGGGAGAGAUCUACAGCAGUAUGUUAUUUAGAAAUCUACAAAGUUUGUCAUUUCUAUGUGAACAGAAAUUAUUUUUUUGAUGAAAUGAAUAUCAAACUACAUGUAUUCCGAUCGAUGUCAAUUAUGAAUCAGUUGUUAUAUUUAAAAAUGAAACUACAAAAAGAUCAACUACAAAGAAUUUUUUUUCCAAAUAUUAAAAAAACAACAACAUUUUUUAAAAAUUAUAAUUGAACAAAUAGUUUUAUGAAAAAUAUGUCCCAAUAGUGAUUUGAGCCUUUAAAGUUAUUGAAUUUAAAUGUGUUUUUUUUAUAACCAGUGUUUUUUUUACAAAUAUGAAAAGAUAUUUAACAUUAUUAAUAAUUCCUGAUAAUUCAUGAUGACAGAUUUGGAAAUUUUAAAGAUCAAAUGUUAAUAAAGUUUUAUUAUCCUCCACCCCCCCCCUCCAACUAAUGUACUGGUAUUUCAUGUUUGUGUGAUGUGAUGAAUUAUUAAAUAUUAAUCCUCUAUCCUUGUCAUAAAUUUGCUACUUUCUGUGCAUUUUUCUAAAUAAGUUAUAAUGUAUAAAACGUUUUGUAUGGGAAAUUGAAAAUGGAGAGAUUGAGUGAUGGAGAGAAGCGAGUCUUAAUUGUCAUGUAAAAGUAUGAACUCUAUAGUACUAGUAUAUAUAACAAGUACUGAAACUAUUGAGGACUUUGUUUUGUUGUUGCAUUUACUUUUACCUUCCCUAAUGUGAAGUGUUAAUAUUAUUAAAGUACAAAUUGUUUUUA